GAGGAAGAGAGGAAAGGGUUGAUGUUUAGGGGUUGAUUAGGUUAUUGUUGGUGUUAAGUGAAAGUGUUUAUUUUUUUAAUUCACAUUUUAAUUUUUAACUUUUUAGACCUAUCAAUCUAAUUAGUAUGGAUUCUCCGAAAGAGGUUAUUGUCAAUAGCCCAAAUGUGACAUAUUCUGCCGAAUUCAUAGAUGCUACCUAUCAAUAUCAUACAAAUAAGGUUGAAGUUGACAAGGACAAAAUAAUUGUGACUCCAGUGGUGACCAACCUACAGAUGCGCACAGUCCGGAGAGUUCCCAAGAUAGGCGUGAUGCUGGUAGGCUGGGGUGGCAACAACGGCUCUACAUUCACUGCUGGUUUGCUCGCCAAUAAACAGGGCACUACCUGGCGGACCAAGCGGGGCGAUCAUCAACCCAACUGGUUUGGAUCAAUCACUCAAUCCUCCACCAUGUUGCUGGGCAGCAGUGUCAGUGUUGACGGGAAGGGUGUCUACUGUCCGAUGGGUCAGCUGUUGCCUAUGGUACGUCCCGAGGAUCUUGUAGUCGACGGAUGGGACAUAUCCUCGCUUGAUCUCUCCGCAGCCAUGGAGCGAGCUCAAGUCAUUGACUGGGAUCUUCAGCAAAAGCUGCAACCCCUCUUGAAGAAAUUGAAACCUCGACCGUCGAUUUUCAACGAGAAAUUCGUAGCUGCUAACCAGACUUAUCGUGCAGAUAACAUCAUCAGUGGCAGCAAGUGGGAACAAGUAGAGGCUGUGCGCAAAGAUAUACGUGACAUGAAGGACAAGAAUGAGGUUGACGAGGUGAUUGUACUGUGGACGGCCAACACUGAACGCUUCACUUCUGUUGAGCCCGGACUUAACGACACAGCUGAUAACCUCCUCUCUUCUAUCAAGUCUGAUGCGGAAGAAAUCUCCCCUUCCACCUUAUUUGCAGUUUCUGCAAUACUUGAAGGGGCGACAUUCAUCAAUGGGUCGCCACAAAACACUUUCGUCCCUGGGUGCAUCGAGCUCGCCGCCAAACACGGUGUGUUUAUUGGUGGAGACGACUUCAAAACCGGACAAACAAAGCUGAAGUCUGUGUUGAUGGACUUUCUGGUGUCUGCUGGGAUAAAGCCACUUUCCAUAGUCAGCUACAACCAUCUGGGAAACAAUGAUGGACACAAUCUCUCAGCUCCUGCUCAAUUUAGAUCUAAAGAGAUUUCCAAGAGUAGUGUAGUGGAUGACAUGGUGGAAUCAAACUCAAUCCUUUACAAAGAUGGGGAGACUCCUGAUCAUGUUGUUGUCAUUAAAUAUGUUCCUUCUGUAGGUGACAGCAAGCGCGCGAUGGACGAAUAUUUGUCCGAACUGAUGCUCGGAGGACAAAACACCAUCUUUAUCUCCAACAUCUGUGAGGACUCGCUGCUGGCCGCUCCCAUCAUGCUCGACCUCAUCAUACUGGCCGAGUUCUGCAAGCGAGUCACUAUACGUCCGGCUGACAACAGCUCUCCGUUCACAGCUCUGCACCCCGUUCUCUCUGUGCUCAGCUACCUGCUCAAGGCUCCGUUGGUGCCUUCUGGUGCGCCAGUGGUGAACGCACUGUUCAAACAACGAUCCUGCAUUGAAAACAUCCUGAGGGCUUGUCUAGGUUUACAACCAGAACACCAUAUGUUGUUGGAGACCAAACUACAAGCAAACAUAUUUCACUAGCAUUCUGUCGGACGAGAUCUACAAGUUACCAACCUUACUAUUCUAUGUUGUUUGAUGGAGUUAUAUUAGUUGUUAAACAUGUAGCUGAAAGUAAACUUGAACUCAGUAUAGGGAACUCAGUAAGCUUUGAACUCACUGUAAUUGUCAUAUUUUGCGUAUUAAUAGCGUAUAUUUUGCGUUAUCUAUGACUUGUUAAUGUAACACAAAUUGAAGAAGAAAAAAGAAUAAUUUAAAAGGUGUUAUUGGAUGGAUGUGUUGGGAUGACGGAUCGAGAUUCUUCAACCCAAAAAAUUAAAAGCUUAGCUUAAUAUUUAUUUAUUUGCUCGAGUUACAUAUUGUCAAAAAUGAAACACAAUCCCAGCAUUUAGUGUGACUUUAGUUAAAAUUUAUUAAAUUUUAUAUGUAGACUUUAAUCUAAAGGAACUGUUAGACAGUUCUAACACAGGUAUUAUAUUUUGAUUAGUCAUAUUAUUAAAUGUGAUCUUGAUCUUACUUAUUUAAUCAUUAUUAUUAUUAUUAUUUUACGGCCAGCAUUGGACCACUUAAGUCAAUAUAAUGGUUAGAUUCUUUUUAGUUUUACUUAUUUAAUCAUUAUUAACAAUUAGUGCUUUAUAUGUGCUCAUCAGUAACUGUUGGAAGUGAAGUUUACAUGUUCAAUUAUAAUCAUGUACCAGUGGGUUUAUUGUCCAUAUUUAUUUGUAGUACUGUGCUAAUACAAUUUCUUUGGAUACUGCAAGUAUACUUUUCAUCUGAGGCCUUUAGGUUGAUGUCCGGUAAGAGGUAUCUCCUUGACUAUGCGUUCAAGUGUUACUGAACAUAUCCUUGCUUUAAAAUUGUCUUUCACUCAUCCAUGAGGAUGAUAAACCCAUAGGGAAUGUUUGGUAUCCAAGUCAAUCUGAACUCAAAGAAACUCGACAAUAGCAUUGUCUACUUUGAAUUACAAUACUUUAAGCUACAAGUUUAACAAUUAAUUUGAUGGUUUGCUUGACACCCUAUCAAUGCUAAGGAUGUAACAUUAGCAUAGGAGUGAUAUGUUA